GACGCCGCGACGCCGUCAAAUCUUAUUUUGAUAACAUUGUACAGAGAAAAAGUUGCGUUGAAAAUAUAAUCCUAUUGAAUAUUACAGAUAACUUGUUAUUUACUUUUUAACUUUUUGUAAUAAAUAAAAAAUCCGCACAGCAGAAUGGCACCAAAAGGCAAAGGCGGUGGAAAAAAGGCUGCAGCCAUAAUCAUCGAUGGAGUUGACACUUCCGAAAUGACUCGAGAGAAACUUGAGCAAUUUACUCUUAGAGUCAAAGAAGAACUAGACAAAGAAAGAGAAGAGCGAAACUACUUCCAAUUAGAAAGAGACAAAAUCAGGACCUUUUGGGAAAUCACUAGACAGCAACUCGAAGAAGCGAAAGCCGAGCUCAGAAACAGGGAAAGAGCCACAGAAGAAGCGCAAGAAGAAAACGAAGCUCUAUUAGAGACCGAAAAGCAGAAAAUUAAGCAUUUGAAAUAUGAACAACAAGCGGCUGCAGCUGCUUUACGAGCAGAAAACUUAGUAGCCCUAAAAGCAGCAAAAGAAGAACAUGCUGAACAAGAGCUGGAAUUGCUAAACGACAAAAGAAGUUUAAGGCAAGAAAUGCGAGAAAAGGUUCUAGCAGCUCAAGAUGAAUUAAGACGAGCCAAACUCAUACAUGCUGAAGAGUUAUCAAAAACUAGAGAGGUAUUUGAAGAGCGUGCAAGACAGAUAGAGGAUAAAGCUGAAAAGAAACUCCAUGAAACAAAAGUUGAGUUGACCGUGAAGCAUAGAACAGAAAUAGCGGAAGUAGAAGAGAGAAAGAAUAAGCAGCUUUCAGAAUUAAUAGCGCACCAUGAAAGAGCAUUUUCAGACUUGAAGAAUUAUUACAAUGAUAUCACUUUGAAUAACCUUGGUCUCAUCAGUAGUUUGAAGCAACAAAUGGAAGAAAUGCAGAAGGUCAAAGAGAGAGCGGAGAAAAUAGCCAGAGACGCAGUUGCAGAGUCGAAGAGUUUGAGAGAACCUUUGGAAGCAGCUAUCGUCGACAAUAAGGAGCUGAAGAGACAAAUGUCAAACUAUGACAGGGAUAAGGCUGCGUUAGCCGCUAAGACAAAACAGCUGUCAUGCUUGGAGAAGCAAUUCGAAGUCCUGAAAUGGGAGUAUGAGGUGCUGCAAGUGAGGUUCGACAGGGUCUUAGCGGAGAGGGAUGAGCUUAAAGCGAGGUUUUCUAGAGCGGUAUUGGAGGUCCAGCAAAAAUCUUCACUAAAAACUGCGUUACUGGAAGCCAAACUGAAAAACUUAGAAGCAAGGGACUUAGGCCCUAGAGAGAUUCAUGACCUUCUCAAAUUGAAAGACACUCAAGUUGAGGAUCUGAGGUAUGAAGCUGCGCGUCUUCGGAAGGCUCAUGAUGAUCUCUUGGCUACUUACGAAGCUAAGCUAGCAAAGCUUGGAGUACCAGCUGAAGAACUUGGUUUUAAACCAUUACGCGCUGUUGCGGUAGCGGGCUUAGCACCCGUCAUUGGCCUAGGGCCGGCUAGUUUAGUGACAAAAGAUCCGUGAAUUUACAAUUGUAUUGGUAAUACUUAUUUAGAAAAAAAUAUUAACAUUAUGCUGAAGUCGUAAUACGUUAUUGCUGUAAUAAUUAUCAGAAUAAAUCAAUGAAAAAUCAUGUUAAAUAAAGUACUUAUAUUUUACUGCAA